AUGCGUGGGGAACGACUCGAUCUUCGAUCGCGAGUGUUCCAUCUCCGAGCUGUUUAUCGUGGGCAGAUCAAGUUCCGCACCACCGUCGAUUCAGUUACUUCAGGAGAUGCGGUGACAGGCUUUAUGACUCCGUUCCUUGCUGAAGCCUUCCAGCCAUUAUUGUGCAUGUAUCUGGCGCUCAAUAGUGAUCAGUGCACUGCCACUCGUCGCUUUCUCAGGGUUCCUGGUGUCAUGAGCUUUUUCAUCGGUCUCGUGUCGGAUUUCUACCCGAUCUGGAACUUUCAUCGGAAAUCGUACAUGCUCGGAGGCUGGGUUUUUGCCUACUGUCCGGGCUUUUAUGGAGGAGCAGUGUACGUGCUCUUGAUGGUGGCAGCAAGCUUAGGAGUCACCGUGGCGUCAAUUGCUGCCUUUGCUCUGUUGGUGGAGCUUUCACAACGCGAACCGAUUCACGAACGUGGCAUGUUACUUGUCCAGUAUUUGCUCACACAGGAGACGGCAACGCUGUUGGCGAAUGUUACGAUUGCUUUCAUGCUGGGAUACAAUGAGACGUCAGGAACCACAGAAGCUAUGGUGUCGAUGAAAGUGGUCAUUUUGAUCAUGGCAGUUGUUACUUUGACACCGAUUCCAGCGGUACUGUUUCGACUGGACGAAGAGCCACGGCAGCUCAAGGUGGAUACAAUCGACAGGUUGUCACUUACGCGUCAGCUAUGGAGUAUUUUGCAGCAAGAAGCUGUGUGGCGCACGCUCGUGUUCGUGUGCUGUUCGAUGUUCCUGUCAUCAUUCCGAUUUAAGUUUUCUGAUGCCGCCGUGUUGUACUGGGCAAAAGUUACACCUGAUGACGAGCGUGUGGGCGAGAUCCUCAAGCAGGUUGUCACGAUCCUUUCGAUUUUGGCAUUCCGGCUCACGUUGUUCAACUACAGUUGGAUCCGCAUCGCUGUAGGAGGCUUGCUCGUUGGUGUGGGUGUAACACUCCUGGUAGCGCUUCCAACGAUUUUCGAUAGUGUUCGCAGUACGUGGUAUACGAUAAUGAUCUCUUCACUGAUUGGAAUCUCGCGCGCAACAAUGUUGUUGGUAACAUUGCUGCCAAUUGUAGAGAUUACGGAGAACUGCUUGGAAGGAGCGACGACCGGGCUCGUAUCGUCCUAUAUCACAUUGAUUGGCAUGGCCAUCUCGACGUUCUCCGAUGCGAUCAGCACAUCGAGUGCAGGACUAACAAAAGACUUUGCCGAAGACGUGAUUGCAAAAGAUACUUCCGACACGCGAACUCAAGUAUUGUUGUUCGUCGUUGUGAACUGUGCGAUCAAUCUACUUGCACUGGUACCAAUGGUUUAUUUAGUCCCGAGGCAGAAGCUCGAGGCGCAAGAGAUGCUCACAUAUGGUGAACGUAAUCGUCUAGCUGGGAUUGCUAUUACUAUUUUGUUUGUUGGUCUCGUCGCCUAUGCUGGCACAAUAGACGUGUUGAUGCUAUUGAAUAGCACCAAGUGA